CCACAGAUAAACGGAGAAACGAGAAAUCGGGUAAAGCUCGGCUCGGCUCGGAGACAAAUACAUAAAGCCGGGCGGGACACGGCGGGUGGACGAACGAGCAUGAGCAGCAAGCGGUGACAGAGCAGAUCACGCGAGCUUGUCGCCAAGGGGGGGAGGAAGAGAAGUGAGAAAUCCGCGCCAAGAAGCGAGAGAGGUCCGCAGCUGGUGUCGUCUGGUGCUGCGGGUAUCGUCGCUGCCAUGGCGGAUCAGUCGAACAACAUGAUCAUCGAGGAGGUCAACAAGGGCCUGAACCCUGGAACGAUAGUCCUUCUUGUGGUUGCAACUCUCCUGAUUCUUUUCUUUGUUGGAAACUAUGCGCUCUACAUGUAUGCUCAGAAGACGCUUCCUCCUCGGAAGAAGAAGCCAGUCUCCAAGAAGAAGCUGAAGAGGGAAAAGCUGAAGCAGGGGGUUUCUGCACCCGGAGAGUGAAGAGAUUCGUCAGUUUACCAAUGUUACUGAUUUUAUCCUGAGCUUCUUUUGCAUGAUAAGAAUUAUCAGCUGGAGCGGCAGUGUUUACAGUAACUAUGUUAUGUAGAAGCUUUGUCCUAAGUGGUUUACAUUUGUAUUAGACGCCUUAUUUGAGCAAUCUGUUGAACAGCACUGCAAAUUGAGCCCUUCUUUUGGUUUUGUUUC